GUCCUGUGCGCAGUUUCAGCUUGAAGCUGCUGUCUUCCAUGCAGCACUGUACUGGGAUCUAUUUCAGCUGUGAAGCCUCAUCCGAAGACUUUUACCUCGGUGGUCUUAGAUAUUGAAGUAUACCUCAAACUACACUCGAUAGCGAGCCAGAGUUUCCCACAUUCGUGGCAUACAUUGGGAACGGCUGGGACACAACCAUGAACGGUGACUUCUUGACGACUGCCUUUCCGGUCGUCUUGGUUCUGUUUGUGACCGACAAGUACGAAAAAGAACAGACGUUCACUCUGGAGGUGUUUCCCGAGUUUAAGCAUUACAACAUCAGCCUGUGGAGCUCCCGCGGUGGCGAAUGCGGAUAUUCCGCCUCAUCGGACCUGGUUGAUUGGAGACGAGAAUACCUUGAGUCUUCUGCUGUUGUCCGGUAUGACGGUUUACCGGAAGGAAAGUACUGCAUCACGGCUCAUCCAAUCACGGACCGCUGUUUUCCUUCCGAUUUCUGCCACAGACUGGCUACCCCAACUUUUCACGUGAAACGGAAGUUACGUCCGUUCGUUCGAGUUGGGAAACCAGCAGGACCACCGGCUUGACUGACAGCGAAGAUUUCUAGGCGUCACCGUCGAUGAGGAAAAAUAAAUGUCAGCGCCUGUAGCGGGUAAAGUCUGGCGAGUCGGAGUACGUAGCGCGACAACUGUCACUUGAGAAGAGGAAAGCACCUAUGACCUACGGCAGUGGUUCUCUAGUUUCCAAGUCUAAAUAAACAACCCAGCUUGUA